AUGGCGCACGACUUCUUCCGCCCGCAGCCCAUCAAGGGUGCGAGAAUUUACUUGUUACUUGCUGUGCUGCAUAACUGGGAAGAUGCUGAGUGCCGUAUUAUCCUGAGAAAUUUGGCGGAGGCCAUGAAACCGGGCUAUUCACGUUUGCUAAUUUCCGGUAUGCUUGUGCCAGAGGUUAAUGCAGGCGGUCUCACCGCAGAACUCGACAUGCAAAUGUGGUUGCUGCAGCAUAGCAGGCAGCGAACGAAGCGCGAAAUAGAGGAACCGAUUGACGCGACUGGGCUGGAGCUUGUGAAGAUCUGGGAGAAUGGGGAUCGGGAAUCAAUUAUUGAAGUGCAAGCUCUAGAAAAAUAA